UCGAUCAUCAUCAAACCACGUACUCCGAGCAGAACUCUUGCUGCUUCCCUUUGGAGUCGAGCGCAUAAAAAUAGCGCAAGCAACUCCGACAAGCGGUAUCAAAGAGCCAAUAAAAUAAGUUACCAGUCAACACGCACAAAAGAUGAUCAUCACACACACACCACCAUCUUCCGCAUCGUUUCCUGAACUCAACGACAUGAAACUACUGACAACCAAGGACACUCUGGGGGAGAAUCGAUUCUCACACUACGGCAUGGCGUCUGCCUCCAAAGACUUGGAUGCAUCGAUUGGGGAUCUCUCUUAUGUUUCGGUAGGGUCGGAUCACUCGGGAUUGCGAGACGACAGCAAGAAACGGGUAUCAUGGGGACCAAGCGUGGAGAUUCGGGAGUACAAGGUCAUCCAGGGAGACCAUCCGGUUUGUGGUUUGUUUCCACUUUCGUUGGAUUGGGAACACAGUGAUUCGGUAUCUCGAGAUAUGGAUGCCAGUCCAGAGCGACGAUCAUCGUACCAACAGCCACGUAAAUUGAGCUUGGAUGAUCGCCGACGUCGAUUGUUUGGGGAUGUGGAAGAAAAUGUUCAAGAUUUUGCGGAUUUGGAUGCCGACUUGGACGCCAUGUUGGCGGGGCUUGACGAUUGUCUGACGGAAACCACCAUGCCAACCUUCUCUCUUCCGGUGCCCAUUCCGCCUCCGGUGCUCUUCACGGGGGACUCCUGCUUUGAUGAUGACGAACCACAGGACGAAUAAGUGCCCAGUGCGCAAUGGGAACGAAUCUCUUGCUGAAAAAUGUAUAUAUUUGCAAUGGACAUAACAUGGGCCCGGGGAAUUAGGAAUGACAACUAAAAAUCUAGUUACCCUUACAUCAC